GUGCCUAGAAGAAUUCAAACACGACUGAUCCACCAUACAAUGAAUAGAAAAACCUAUAAUAACUAUCGUGUUGAAGAAAACCAACCAGUAACCAACAUUUACGCCCACCUACUCCAACAAAGAAUAAUCUGCAUCAUGACACCUAUAUGUGAUGAGGUAGCAGGGAGUGUGAUAGCCCAGAUUUUACAUUUACAGGCAGCAAAUACCAAACAAACUAUCCACAUGUAUAUCAACUGUGCAGGUGGGAGAGUGUCCUCAACACUUGGUAUAUAUGACACCAUGCAGUUUGUUGGGAAUCCAAUAGCCACCUGGUGUGUGGGUCAGGCUACAGAUAUGGGAUCUCUACUACUCUCAGCUGGAACAGCAGGGAUGAGAAGUGCUCUACCCCACUCCAGAAUCACACUCACUCAGCCUGUCAGUGGUCUUAGUGGACAAGCCUCAGAUGUAGAAAUUCAAGCAGAAGAAAUCUCCAGAAUUUUAGAUCAAGUUAACAACAUAUAUGCCAAACACACAGGGAGAAGUCUAGAAGAAAUAGAGGAAGUAAUGCAGCGACAUAGAUUCAUGGAUGCAGAAGCUGCGAAAGACUUUGGGAUAAUUGAUAAAGUUUUACAAUUUCCUGAAAAAUAUACAAAUAAAUAAUGUGCAGCCUUAAAUUCUAGGUCAGUGAUUCUGAUUUAUAUGAUAGUGCAUUUGUUUAUUGUGUAAAUGGAUAUGAUAUUAGGACGAUGUGUGUUUUAAUAUAAUUGUGUUGAGUGUGGUAUGGGUAGUGUAUGUAACCAAAUGUGUUCCAAUAUAUCUUGAAUAUGGAGUAGACUGAAAGAGUAAUGGUUAUUUAAAUAAAAAUAUGAUGUACGUGUGAAUGGAUGGAUAUUGUUCUUAAUCAGAAACUAAAUAAGGAUUCUUUCUGAGAAGUGCUACAUAUAAAUUGGAAGUAUUAA